AUGGUCACCUGUACGCACAAGGGAUGCGGCAAGGACUACAGCCCCGAAAACAACGGCCCUGAGAGCUGCACAUACCACACCGGCGCGCCGGUAUUCCACGAAGGAUCAAAGUCAUGGUCCUGCUGCUCCGACGUGAACAAGCCCGUCCUGGACUUUGACGACUUCCUCAAAAUACCGGGAUGCACCAAGGGCCAGCACACCGAUGUAGCGCCCCAAGUCGCGCCGAAAGCGCAGCCCACGCCCCAGGUCGAGCUCAAGAUGACCUCGUCCCAAGGCGGCGCGGAGACGUAUUCGUCCGCACCCGUGAACAUGCCGUCCGCCGCCGCGUCGCGAGAAGCCACGCCCGCGCCAAAGUUUGAGGAGGAAGAGGAUGAUUUGUCGGCACCCGUCACGGUCGGUACGACGUGCCGCCACAGCGGCUGCAAUGUGGAAUACGAGAGCGACGAGCUGCAUCGCACGGAAGGUGGCGCGGCGGCCGAGUGCACAUAUCACCCGAAGCCUCCGAUUUUCCAUGAAGGCAGCAAGGGCUACCUCUGCUGCAAACGUCGCGUGCUCGAGUUCGACGAGUUCCUGAAGAUCGAAGGCUGUAAGAAGGGUCGACAUGUCUUCGUACCAAAGCAGAAAGCCGACCCGCAAGAAGAAGAGUUCACGGAGUGCCGUAUUGACCACUACCAGACACCUUCGGAGGUACACGCGUCGGUAUUUGCUAAGAAGGCCGACGCCGACACUAGCACCGUCACGAUCGAGGAGAACCAAGUUUUCCUCGACCUUUAUCUUCCCGCGAAAAAGCGUUUUCGCAAGACGCUCAACCUCUGGGGCCCUAUCAAUCCCGAAGAAUCUUCAUAUAAGUUCUUCGGCACGAAGUUGGAACUGAGGCUAAAGAAGAAGGAUAUCCGGAGCUGGACGCUGCUCGAGAAGACAGAUCGGGACCUCGGGAACAUCAACUUCACGUUCGGCGUCGGAGGGCGGACGGGGACGAUCGGGGCGAAGGAGCUCGUCCUGGACGACGUCAACCGCGCGCGCCCAUAA